AGCAGGCACAAGAAUGAGCAGUUAGCAAACAGCUGCACUGGUAGCACCACCAUCACACUCUGGUUAGGCAGGCAGAGAGACAGACAGACGAGCAGCUCCAUCAACAACACUGGCCCUCAUGGACAAACUACUGUGUGACAAUGUGAUAGCUUUGGCUUUACUGCUUUGUUUGGGUACGCAGGUGCUGUGCCAGCUGUGUGAGCAGCCAUGCCGUUGCUCCACUCCCGUCCCAGAGUGCCCCGCGGGAGUCCCUCUGGUGCUCGACGGCUGCCAGUGCUGCCAGAUAUGUGCCAGGCAGCGAGGCGAGCCCUGCACUGAUAUGUUUCCCUGCGACAAACAGAGAGGAUUACAGUGUGACUACAGCGCCAGCUUCCCCGGAGACCCUGGGGAGUGUGUCAGUCAGCAAGAUCUGGUCUGUGAGGUGAACGGAGUCACUUACCAGGAUGGCCAGUCGUUCCAGCCCUCCUGCAACACCUACUGCCACUGUAAGGGUGGAGGGGUGACCUGUGUGCCAACGUGUGCCAAUGACAUUCGUCUACCCACCCCAGAUUGCCCUAACCCGCAGCAUGUUCUGCUACCAGGGAAAUGCUGCAAAGAGUGGGUGUGCGAGAACCUCGAGAACACCAUCAUGCAGGACGCUAUCACAGCCUCAAGACCUGACAGGCUGUGGCCAGCUGUUCCUGGAGGCCAUGGUCCAAACAAUCUGGCCCCACAUGCUUCCACCUGUAUUGAGCAGAGCACCCAGUGGAGUGCCUGUUCCCAGAGCUGUGGGGCUGGCGUCUCAACAAGAGUAUCUAACCAGAACCCAGCUUGCAGGCUGCAAAUGCAGACAAGGCUUUGUAAGGUGCGGCCUUGCCAGACAGUCCAACCUCCCCGUAGGAUACCAAUGUGGGGACAACGUGGACGUUGCAGGGCCAGCUACAGGUCACCGGUGCCCAUACGGCUCGUUCAUCAGGGCUGCUACAGCGCUCGUGCCUACCGGCUCCGUUACUGUGGACAGUGCACUGACUCCCGCUGCUGCACCCCUUACCAAACCCGCACAGCCGAGGUGACCUUCCGGUGCCCAACAGGCAGACUGAUGCAGCGGGCUGUGAUGAUGAUCCAGUCAUGUGUCUGUCAUCACAACUGCCCACACUCACCAUACAGCAACCCUGCUUUCUGGGCAUACAGGCCUUGACUGGCUCAAAGCACUGACUGACUUACUGACUGAAUCUCCCAUCACUGAAGCUUGUCCACACAGGACAAGAUAGGGAGACAUGUGUAAUGUAUUGAAAAAGAAUGCAGCUGUAGGUAUCCUCUUUGCAUUGGACAUUGUAAAAGAAAGUCAUGUUGUGAGCUGUGUAAGGAACUGUGAUCAAGUUGGGAAGCAAGUCCUCACAACUGGACAAACUCAGUCUGCACUAAGAAUUCACAACUCCACUCCUGUUCACUCCUCCACCGCAUGAAGCCAUGGGCUCUUGGGACUAUAUUUGUUAUUGAUUUAAAAACCAAAAUUAUUCAGCAAAUCUGGAGAAACAAGCAUGACACAUUUCUGAUAGCUUUGUAGUUGUAAUACAAAUACAGACUUCUUUUUGGCAUGUUAAGUAUAUUUGAGGGCAUUUGACCACAAUGUUCAUGAAGAUGUUUCAGCUUUAGAGACAUAUUUACACUGCUGAGCUGCAAGUAUGACCGUAAUAACAAAUAUCGAAACAUAUUAGAAAAUAUAUAUUCAGUGGAUGUACUGUAAAUUUAUUCCAUUGAAUACCCACCUUUGCCUCAACAAAAACUUUUUAUGAACAAUGCAACUUCUAACCUGUACAUUUGUAUCUGUGUUUGUAGCCAGAUGGUAUUGCACUUAUUAUCUUUAUCCUCAGUUUUGUUGUACAUAAUUCUCGUUAAAUCCUUCCAGUGUAUAGUACAAAUUGUUUGCAUUUGUCAUUUCAUGUUACAGUGCUUUUUAUGUAUUCAUACUGUCUUGGUUAGAGCUUUUUUGUGUACCAUAGUAUUCAUACUUUUAUACCAACUUGAAAAUAUUUUCUUAUUUCGUUUGAUUUCUUUUUUUCUUUCCUAUUUGUGAUUCAUGCACACAUUCAUGUUUAUAUGACAGUUCUAAUUUCAUUGCAGCUUCAACCUGUCUGUAAAUAGCUUUUUAUCUACAUUUUCCAAUAUUUCACUUAGUCAUUCAUCACUUUAUUUUGCACAAUAACAUUAAUGUUUUUCUCCAUGUUCAUGAGCUGUUGAAAACUUGUUUGAGGCCUGCAAAAAUGUUGGUUAUUCCCAUUCCAGAUGAAGCAAAAUUAAUGAGUACUUCUGCACAACUCUACAUUCAAGCAUGCUGUACUAGCAAGGCUUUCUCAAGUCCAUCACAUUACUUUUUUUUUUUUUUUUUUUUUUUUUUUAGAUAGACUGACACCUAGUGGGCUGCACUGGAUCUGCCGUUGAUGCUUAGGACUAGGGACAUCACCAGGGACAUCACCAGCAUUAGCAGCAUGUAGAAAUGUCAAUCAAAAAUAAACUCCUGAUUGAAACAUUUGAUUGCUUUGCUCAGUGCAAUGAUAUGUUGUAUGCUGUGAACUUCCAACAUUGUUUUUAGGAUCUGAAUGGGCUAAAAAUGUUAUUCCUAUAAUUUUCAAGAUUAUUUUUUUGG